AUGACGCGCGUGCUCGCAGGGCCUUACUGUACACAGAUACUCGGAGAUCUUGGAGCGGAUGUCAUUAAAAUCGAGCACCCCACACGAGGCGAUGAUACCAGAUCCUGGGGCCCACCAAAUGCGCCGUAUACCGAUGGUGUGGAACGCCAAUUCCCAGGCGAAAGCGCAUACUAUCUCUCCGUAAACCGCAACAAGCGCUCGGUAGGCCUCGCCUUCAACAACCCCACUGGAACGGCAAUUCUACACAAACUCGUCGGUGAAUGCGACGUGUUGGUUGAAAAUUACCUACCAGGCUCACUCGCAAAAUACAAACUCGACUAUGCAACGCUCUCAAAGCUCAAUCCGUCGCUGAUCUACGCCUCAGUCACAGGUUACGGACAAACAGGGCCGUACCGCGACCGGGCAGGCUACGAUGUCAUGGUAGAAGCGGAAAUGGGGCUGAUGCACAUUACGGGAGAGCGGGAGGGACCUCCGGUCAAAGUGGGAGUUGCAGUCACGGACAUCAUGACGGGAAUGUACACGGCGAUUGGGAUCCAAGCGGCGCUGUAUUCGCGGCGGGAGACAGGGCUGGGGCAGUGGAUUGACGCGAGUUUGAGUGAUGUGCAGGUUUCGGGGCUGGCCAACAUUGCGAGUAGUGCCUUGGUGACGGGCAAGGGGGACAGUGGCCGGUGGGGGACGGCUCAUGCUACAGUAGUGCCGUAUCGCGCGUACGCAACAAAAGAUACGAAUAUCACCGUAGGUGGCUGCAACGACCGUCUCUUCGGCAUCCUGUGCGACAAGCUUGAGCAUCCGGAGUGGGUGACGGACCCGCGCUUCGUUACCAACGCUCUCCGCGUGCAGCAUCGCGAAACGCUCGACGCCAUGGUGCAAGCCGUGCUGGCGACAAAGACGACAAAAGAAUGGCUGGACAUCUUUGAGGGGUCGGGAAUGCCGUAUGCGGCCGUCAACGACAUCAAGGCCACCGUGGAACACGAACACGUGCUUGCGAGGGGCAUGAUUGAAGAAGUGCAGCACAAGGCGCUGGGCAAGGUCAAGCUGGUCAAUCAUCCCGUCAAGUACUCAAGAGCGGAGCCCAAGAUUCGGAUGCCGCCGCCGUUGCUCGGUGAGCAUACGGAUGAGGUGUUGAGGGAGGUGCUGGGAUACGGCGAGAAGGAGAUUACGGAGCUGAGGGAAAAGGGCGUUGUUGCGUAG